AUGCGUAGAUUUAUGUUGCUGGGCGCGCUGUUUGGUCGAGCAUUAGCGACAUGCUAUUACCCCAACGGUAUCAACGCAGCAAAAGAUUACAAGUACGAACCAUGCGGCAACUCAACCACGACGUACUCUACAUGUUGCUACUUUGGAGAGGGCGACAAAUGUUUGGCAAACGGCUUGUGCAACCAACCAGGAAAAUACGACUACCGCGCUGCUUGUCAGAACAAAGACUGGUCUAAUUGCCCAGAGGUUUGCAUGGACACGGAAUCUGGCACUUGGUUCCCACUGCAGACAUGUGGAAAGAAUAAAUACUGCUGCCCUCCAGCAGACGGAAGCGAUUGUUGCGACAGCGGCGCUCAGAUCUAUACCCUCAAAGCACCCGAUCCCAAAUCAAGCACCAAGACGAGCGAUGCGACGAGUACUUUCCAAAGCGUCAUUCGCACUACCAUUAUACAGAGUCCGACCUCAACAGCAAAUCGAGGGGAUAGCUCGGUCAAAAAGUCCUCUACGCCUGCGAUUGUCGGAGGUACAGUCGGCGGUGUUUCGUUUAUCGGGUUCUUGUUCCUUGGAGUCUUCUGCGUUUACAAGCGGCGCGAUCGCCCUUCUACUCCGCACGCGACUGCAGUGACACCCGAGAAGAAGGAUGAUGCUUCGAGCGGCAAAGGCAACGCCACGGUCGAGGUCUUGCCUCAGACCGGCGUUGCGGAAGCUGAAGGGACAGAGGGUAAUAGGUACACUGAAGUUGACUCGCGGGCUGUCAAUGGUACCCUUCCUCCACUCGCGUACCCUGAGGACGAUGGAAUGCCACAGCCCGCCGAUGUUUCACUCCCUCAGCAGCCGUAUCCUGAGAACGAUAAUAUGCCACGAGCGGGUAGGCCAGGACAAGGUCUUCGGGGACAGGCAAUGAGAAGGGCAGGAAAUGCUUCGACUGAGGCAGACUCCAACCCAAUCUUCCAUGCGGAUUCAAAUCCUAUCUUACAAGCUGAUUCCAACCCGCUUAACGAAGCGCCGGAUGAUGCUUGGGUCAGGCCCCGUAUUGUGACCAUUACGAAAAGCGCGUCGCAUGAACUCCCAUAG